GAGAUCGACAGAAUACAGCGAGUAAUAAAAACAGUUCACUCAACUCUGUGCGACCUUAAACUGGCUAUUGACGGGACAAUCAUUAUGAGUCAAGGACUCCGAGAGUCGCUGGAUGCGAUGUACGAUGCGAGGAUCCCACAGAAAUGGUUGAAGGUUUCCUGGGAAUCUGCAACGCUAGGUUUCUGGUACACGGAGUUACUAGAACGCGAGCAACAAUACAGAAUUUGGCUGCGCAAUGGUAGACCUUAUGCCUUCUGGAUGACGGGCUUCUUUAAUCCCCAAGGCUUUCUCACAGCCAUGAGACAGGAAGUGACGCGCAGCCACAAGGGGUGUGGCGUUGGAUUCCGUGGUUCUUCAAAACCACAUCACCAAAAUGAACAGGGAGGACAUACACGAAGGACCUUCGGAGGGCGUCUAUGUAUAUGGACUUUUCUUGGAAGGUGCAUCGCUCGACAGAAAAUCAGGAAAACUGAUCGAAUCAAAGCCUAAAGUACUGUACGAACAGAUGCCAGUUAUAUACAUAUUCGCGAUCAACACGACUGCAGGG